UCCAUUUGGCUCAACGACGCACACUUGCGGAGAAAGCCGCAGCACGUACUACACGGUACUUUAGCAGCUGUUCGCCCAAGUGUUUAAGAAGCUCCUCCGCCGCCGCUACUCCCGCCCUUGCCGCCAUCGACCAUGAACCGCAACGACUACAGCUACUCGCCCAACCACAUGAUGCAGGCGCAGCACCACCACCAGGGCCGCAUGUACAUGGACAAGGGCCACCCGGGCGACUUUGGCCAAAUGAUGGCGCACCACCAGGGCCCGCCGUCGCACCACGCGCCGCCGCACCACGCCGCGCACCACGCGCCGUCGCACCAUGCGCCGCCGCACCACACGCCGGCCCACCACCAAGGCCCGCCGAGCCAUGCCCACCACGCGCCCGCGCACAUGGGCCACCACAAUGGCGAGUUUGAUCAUGAGCCGCUCGUGUUGAACAAUGGCCAUCCGCAGCAUGGCUUUUACCAGCAAAUGAACGCGCCGAUGCUGCACGUGUCGACCGACUUUUCCAACGUCAACAACAUGAACGGCUCGAUGCACAACGAUCACGACGACAUGGACGACAACAAGUCGAUCAACGGCCAGAAGCGGUCGCGCGAAGAGCUCAACCAGAAGGAGAAGAAGCGCAUGUUCAAGCUCAACGAGACCAUCCACCAGCUCAAAAAGUCGCUCGACGACGCGGGCGUCUCGUGCAAGAAGAACAAGCAGUCGAUCCUUGACAACACGGUGCACUACAUCUCGAUGCUGCGCAACGACCUCGUCAUUGCCAAGCAAAAGGCCGACCACGCCGAGCGCAUGCUGCACUCGACGGGCGGCGGCCACAAGACAGACGCGCCGUUCGACCGGUACUUUGAAAACUCGAGCACGCCGACGCUCCUUAUGACGCUCGACCUCCAAGUCGUGCGGGCGAACCGGACGUUCCGGGAAGCCACGGGCUACAGCGAAGAUGCGCUCAAGAACAAGGAGGUGCUGCUCGGCUGCCUCAGCGCCGACCUCGGCCGCGCGCGCAGCCUCGUGCACAACGCUGUCGACUCGCGCAAGACGGUGCGAACUGUCGUCCAGAACGCUGUCGCGAACGGCCGCGCCACGAGCAGCUUGUCGCUGACGUUAUUAUUGGACCCGCAAGGCAACCCCGAGUGCCUCGAGUGCGUCCUCAUCCCGAUGGAGGACGACCAGGCGCAGUACGACAUGCUCAAGGAGGACGUCAACCUCGACGAAGUCAGCGGCCUUGUAUAGAUUAGCUUUAGCCCUUUACGUAGUAGAUAUCCCGAUAUACACAUCGCCUUAUAUAUGCCUUGGAGACUCA